AAGAUGGCGGGAUCCAGGCAAAGGGGUCCCCAGGCCAGAGUUCGGCCUCUUUUCUGCGCCCUACUGCUGUCGCUUAGUCGCUUCGCCGGGAGCGACGGCAUGGGAGGCGACCCUGCGGCUACUGGUGCCGCGGGCACCGCAGCCGGGUCGCCACACCGGCGUUUCGAGUACAAAUACAGCUUCAAGGGACCGCACCUGGUGCAGAGCGACGGGACAGUGCCCUUCUGGGCCCACGCGGGGAAUGCUAUUCCAAGUUCAGAUCAAAUUCGAAUAGCACCAUCUUUAAAAAGCCAGAGAGGAUCAGUGUGGACAAAGACGAAAGCAGCCUUUGAGAACUGGGAAGUUGAGGUGACAUUUCGAGUGACUGGAAGAGGUCGAAUUGGAGCUGACGGCCUGGCAAUUUGGUAUACAGAAAAUCAAGGCUUGGAGGGUCCUGUGUUUGGAUCAGCUGAUAUGUGGAAUGGUGUUGGGAUAUUUUUUGAUUCUUUCGACAAUGAUGGAAAGAAAAAUAAUCCUGCUAUAGUAAUUAUAGGCAACAGUGGACAAAUCCAUUAUGACCAUCAAAAUGAUGGUGCUAGUCAAGCUUUAGCAAGUUGCCAGAGGGACUUUCGUAAUAAACCCUAUCCUGUCCGGGCAAAGAUUACGUAUUACCAGAAAACACUGAUGGUAAUGAUCAAUAAUGGCUUCACACCAGAUAAAAAUGACUAUGAAUUUUGCGCCAGAGCGGACAAUCUGGCUCUCCCUUCCCAAGGGCAUUUUGGAGUAUCGGCUGCAACUGGAGGUCUUGCAGAUGACCAUGAUGUCCUUUCUUUUCUGACCUUCCAGUUGACUGAGCCUGGGAAAGAGCUGCCUACGCCAGAUAAAGAAAUUUCAGAAAAAGAAAAAGAAAAGUAUCAGGAGGAAUUUGAGCACUUUCAACAAGAAUUGGAUAAAAAAAAGGAGGAAUUCCAGAAGGGCCACCCUGACCUUCAGGGGCAUCCUGCGGAUGAAAUAUUUGAGAGUGUAGGAGACCGCGAGCUGAGACAAAUCUUCGAAGGACAGAAUCGUAUCCAUCUUGAAAUCAAGCAGCUGAACCGACAGUUAGAUAUGAUUCUUGAUGAACAGAGAAGAUGGGUCUCUUCGCUGACAGAGGAGUUUGCUAAAAGAGGGCCGGGAAUCCCAGCCCAGCAGGGACAGAUCACCCAGCAAGAGCUGGAUACCGUUGUGAACACUCAGCAUGAGAUCCUGAGACAAGUAAACGAAAUGAAGAAUUCCAUGAGUGAAACCGUCAGACUGGUCAGCGGCAUCCAGCAUCCCGGGUCUGUCGGGAGCGUUUAUGAGUCAACCCAGCACUUCAACGACAUCAAAGAGCACCUGCACAUCGUGAAGCGGGACAUAGACAACUUAGUGCAGCGAAACAUGCCAUCAAAUGAAAGACCAAAAUGCCCAGAGCUGCCACCAUUUCCAUCAUGUUUAUCUACGAUGCACUUCGUUAUAUUUGUAGUGGUACAAACGGUGUUAUUCAUUGGUUACAUCAUGUAUAGGACUCAGCAAGAAGCAGCUGCCAAAAAAUUCUUUUGACCCCGUUUUUCAUAUGUGUGCAUCAUGGACAUCAGUGUUUCUCAGAGUAUGGUCCGUGGACCGUGUGGGUCAUGCUGUGCUUGUGAAGCGUAAGGAUUCCAGGCCUCCAUUCUAAAGCACCUGAAUCAAAAUUCAGAGGCGGGGCUUCAGAAUACCACUUUUCAGCAAGCACGUCAGGUGGUUCUGAGCACACUAGUGUCUGAGAACCACUAACAUGGCGAGUGGAAAAAAAGUACUGUGUUCUGUUGGUUUAAAGCUGAGCAGAGAGCAUAAUCAUUUUCAUUGCCGGUGACGUUAGCACAUGUGCACGGAUCCUUUUCUUCUUGCAGUGUUCUUCCUCCUAAAAUUCUUGCUUUCUUAACAACCACAAACUAAACCCAGAUUGUUGCCUGUAGCUCUUGGUACUUUGGUUGAUGGCUUUUAAACUUACAGAAUCAUCGUCAGAUCAUGACUAAACCAUGAAAACCCCCAUCUCAAAGUCUGCCUGCUAAAGCUUUUUGCUUUCUUGAUUGCGAUUUCUGUGACAUUUUAUCUCAGACAGUUGUACUUUUUUGAUAACUUAGGGAAAACAAAUUACUUGAAUAAGGGAUCGCCUGACCCAAUGCGUUGCAGAGAUACAAUCUUUGUAAAGAACUUAAAUAACGGUUAUGAAUAUUAAGAUGUGAUUAUCUUUUCCUGUCCAUGUGCUUAUGCGGGGAGAUCCUGAAUAAACCAUUAUACGGGGGAUUUUUUUAUUUAUAAGAUAUAAUGUAAAAUCACCACUUGCAACUUUUUAGAUCUGUACGUUGCCUAUUUAAUAUAUUUCUUUUAAAGUUAAGGGUUUUCUAUCCACUGUUAAUUUCAAUUGGAUGACAUUUUGUCAAGUGUUUUUUUUCUGAUUGUUAUUUGACGCUAGCUGGAAUUCAAGAAAUGACAUUGACCUUAUUCAAAUAAAGAAAUAUUUUAGUAAA